AUGCCUGAGGUAGAUAAUUUAAUAUCUACUUUCACAAUUAUUCCCUCUGCCUUCCUUUAUGCUCCCUCAACACCUGCGUUCUCACACCAUCCGCCCAAUACCCCCUCAAGACCCUCCAACCUUACCCGGACCUUUUGGACAAGGAAGUACUCGCUUACUCCGCCAGUGCAGCGCGCGUGUGGCCCAGAACAUCUAAGGGGAAUCAGCAAUCAUGAAGAGAUGUUGCAGGACAUCGAGCUGGUCGCCGACCCCUCGAUCGAUGCCUCCUCUACAAGGGCUUGGAUGACCUUGGAGAACCUUUCCUCUGCGUCUCCAGCGCUCAUCGCGCUGCUCAACAAUCAGGAAUAUCUCUCCAACCAGGUCUCUAAAGUCACGGAGAUGGUCGCUGAUCUCAAGGUCGGACCUCGAAGCAGGCGAUCUUCCGCAAGCAGCCGUAAGAGCGGAGAUUCAGAUGUCACCAACCUCAUAGAGAAUGAGGCCGUCGAUUCUUUCUUUGAGGAUGAGUACAUCCUCACCAUCUUCGGAGCUUUCGUCGCCCAAACCGGCCAUCCCCUCAACGUUCGCAAGGGAAAGAAAACCCUCGAGUAUGGGGGGAAGUUCCGCGACGCAGCGAUCGAGACGAUGAAGGAGUCCUGGAGCCCGGAUACCCUCGACGAAACCAUAGCGCGCCUCCUCUACCUCAAAGAUCAGGAUAUCAUCCGCCUGUACAACGGCCUGAGCAUUAAGCAUCGUGACAAAAAGGCCGAGGGCAAGGCAAAGAAGUCCGCUGUCCAAACCCGCACCGAGUCUUUCCAGACCGCCAUCGACGGUGAGGAUAUCACUCCUCACCGUCGAGGAGAGAAGAGAAAGGCUCAUCAGACUCCCGCUCGUCGCCGCCAGCGCGUUGACCCUUCACAGGCCUGGGCCACGAAAACGAGCACCAUAUCCACCAAAUUCCCGCAAAAUACCCAGAGUUAA